CUCGGGGUUUGACCAGUUGUCCCAGGCUAACCCUGCUCUCUGAAGAUGGAGGAAGUAAAAAAAAAAAACAGGAUUACCCUUAGCUACAGAUCCACUGCCUUAGUUUCCAUAACCAACUGCAGUGCACAAACACACCAUCGUUAGGCAAAGGGAAGGCGAGGGAAGACGAGAGAAAGAAAGGAGAAAAAACAAACAAAAGGCAAAAAGGAAAGGAAAGGCUCAUUAGCAAAACAAACAAACAAACAAGGGUGAUGGAAUUGAUUUAUGACACGCACUGAUGAGCACUGCACUUUGACUAUGGAAGCAGAGGCUACUGAUGGAUACAUGCCAUGUGACCAUGAACUUUCGCCUGAAAUGGAGCACUCCAACAUGGCAAUUGACCUCACCUCAAGCACACCCAAUGGGCAGCAUACCUCACCAAGUCACUUGACAAGCACAAACUCCAUAAAGCUAGAAAUGCAAAGUGAUGAUGAGGAUUCUGACAGGAAGCCCCUCGGGCGAGAAGAUGGGAUCAGGGGCCAUGAGGAAAGCAGCAGCUUGGAAGAACCUCUGACGGAGAACCACGAGAUGGUGGAGAACAGGAAAAUGCAGGAGCUGUCAGGCGAGGGAGGAAUCCGGCUACCGAAUGGUAAACUGAAAUGUGACGUCUGUGGCAUGGUUUGCAUUGGGCCCAAUGUGCUUAUGGUACAUAAAAGGAGUCACACUGGUGAGCGUCCCUUUCACUGUAACCAGUGUGGAGCAUCCUUCACACAAAAGGGGAAUCUACUGAGGCACAUCAAAUUACACUCUGGGGAAAAACCAUUCAAAUGUCCCUUCUGUAGCUAUGCUUGCCGAAGGAGGGACGCCCUCACAGGACACCUCAGGACACACUCAGUGGGUAAACCUCACAAAUGUAAUUACUGUGGACGGAGUUACAAGCAACGCAGUUCUUUAGAGGAACACAAGGAACGCUGUCACAACUACCUGCAGAAUGUCAGUAUAGAGGCUGCUGGGCAAGUCAUGAGUCACCAUGUACCUACUAUGGAAGAUUGUAAGGAACAAGAACCUGGGAUGGACAACAAUGUUACUCUGGUGCCUUUUGAGAGACCUGCUGUUAUAGAGAAGCUGACGAGCAACAUGGGAAAGCGUAAAAGCUCCACCCCACAGAAGUUUGUGGGUGAGAAGCUCAUGAGGUAUGGUUACCCAGACCUUCAUUUCGACACAGGCUUACCCUAUGAGAGAGAUGCAGAGCUGAUGCAAACUCACAUGAUGGACCAAGCGAUCAACAAUGCAAUCUCUUACCUUGGGGCAGAGGGACUUCACCCACUGAUGCAGCACGCACCCAGCACAAUAGCUGAUGUGGCACCUGUCAUAAGUUCAGCUUAUGCUCAGGUGUACAACUCUAACAGAAUAGAAAGGCCAAUGAGCAGAGAGACUACUGACAGCACUGAAAAUAACAUGGACGGACCUAUCUCUCUCAUCAGACCAAAGAGUCAACCCCAGGAAAGAGAGGCUUCUCCAAGCAAUAGCUGCCUGGAUUCCUCUGACUCAGAGAGCAGCCAUGAAGACCACCAGUCCUUCCAAGGAAACCCUGCCUUAAAUCCCAAAAGAAAGCAAAGCCCAGCUUACAUGAAGGAUGACUCCAAGGCUUUGGAUGUCACUAAAUCAUCUAAGGGCUCUUUAAAGGAUAUCUACAAGGUCUUCAAUGGAGAAGGAGAGCAGAUAAGGGCCUUUAAAUGUGAGCACUGUCGAGUUCUUUUCCUAGACCAUGUCAUGUACACCAUCCACAUGGGGUGUCAUGGCUACCGGGACCCUCUAGAAUGCAACAUUUGUGGCUACCGGAGUCAGGACCGCUAUGAGUUCUCCUCACAUAUUGUUCGAGGGGAGCAUACGUUCCACUAGGCCUUCUUUUCCAAAGGGGACUCUGAAGUAGAAAAACAAACACUGCACAUGAAGAAAUAACUGCACUUACAAUCCCACUUUUCCUCAGAUGUUGACACAUUCUUUGUCAUUGCUGUUGUUCUUGUUCCUAUUUUUUUUAAAAAAAGUUGUUAUUUUUGUUGUUAAUCUUAUUUUGUGUAUCUAGUCUCACUUGGCACCAGUAGUGUGUUGAAAAAGAAGGAAAGGGAGGGACCAGAGAGUUGUUCUGUUUUGUUCUCAGUGAGGGGGGCUAUGUGUUUUUGGUUGUUUCUUCUCCUCCUCCUCAUCAUCAUCUAUUUCUCUCCCUCUCUAUCUGAAAAUUGGUGUUCAUAUUUGAGUGGGAACUGAAAGGCAGUCGACUUCUGUCACAAUAUUUUUCCAUGUAUUUUGUAAUAAUCAUGGGUACGGCUGAACUCCAUUAGGUGCUCUUAGCAAGUUGUCAGCUUUGAGUAGACAAAGAAUUUUGGAUAGAUAAAUUUCAGAGAAAAGCCCUUUCAGAUGUGUAGAUACAUUUGGAGCUCUAGGAUCUGGACAGAAUACUAAAUUUUAGAGUUGUCCGUUAUUAUGGGGGAUGGGUGGGGAAAAUUUCAUAUGAAGCUAAUUGAUAUUCUGUAGAUUUAGGAGCA